ACAGCCUCGUUCAGAUGCCCAGUGACCUGCCGAGGUCGGCAGCACAGAGUUCUGGAGAUGAAGGCCCUGUUCCUGGGUGUCACACUCGGCCUGGCCGCUGCCCUGUCCUUCACCCGGGAGGAGGAGGAUAUCACAGGGACAUGGUACAUGAAGGCCAUGGUGGUUGAUAAGGACUUUCCGGAGGACAGGAGGCCCAGGAAGGUGUCCCCAGUGAAGGUGACAGCCCUGGGCGGUGGGAACUUGGAAGCCACGUUCACCUUCAUGAGGGAGGAUCGGCGCAUCCAGAAGAAAAUCCUGAUGCGGAAAACGGAGGAGCCUGGCAAAUUCAGCGCCUAUGGGGGCAGGAAGCUCAUGUACCUGCAGGAGCUGCCCAGGAGGGACCACUACGUCUUUUACUGCAAAGACCAGCGCCAUGGGGGCCUGCUCCACAUGGGAAAGCUUGUGGGUAGGAAUUCUGAUACCAACCUGGAGGCCCUGAAAGAAUGUAAGAAAUUUGUGCAGUGCAAGGGACUCUCGGAGGAGGACAUUUUCACGCCCCUGCAGACGGGAAGCUGCGUUCUCGAACACUAGGCGAGGCCUCCCUCGGGCUCUCUCAGGUGUCAGCUCAGCCCAUCGCCCCCUGCACCUGUCCCCACGCGGUCCACUCCCCACCAUCCACCCACCAAGGAUGCUCAGAGGCCUGCCCAGUCAUUGGAGGAGCUGAGGUCGCUCUGGGGCCCCGAGGUUGCCCAGCAGUGGCCGAUGUGGGGGCUGUAGAGCCUGGGGAGGGAGCUCUGGGCCUGGCCUCUGCCCUACCCUGCAGCCUCCCUGACCUCUGCUCCUCUUCCCAGCACAGCAGCCCCCGGGUCUGCACCUCCAGAGCCCACCCUACCACCAGAUACAGAGCCCGGACCACCUGGACCUACCCUCCAGCCAUGACCCUUCCCUGCUCCCACCCACCUGACUCCAAAUAAAGACCUUCUCCCCCA